UUGGUUUGGAAAGAUUAUACUUAUUUUCGGGUAUUCAAAUUGGCAAGUACGUCUGGCGUAACUAGUGAUGGUAAAGUUAACGUUAUGGAGGAAGGUUCCUCUUCCACUGUACGAAUCGACGAAGCCAACUUAAUCAUCAACAAACCACCAAUCUUGGAGAAACUCUCCGUAGGAUCUAAAGUGCUAGCACCAUUGGCAAUUAGUGGAAACAACAGGCUGGUAUACGCAGCUACGACUAUCAAAAAUAUAAAUUCAACACAAGUUUCAGUCAGCCAACCAAGUUGUGAUAAAGUUAUAAUGGCASCGGCUCUGGGAAUACAUUACGACGAUGUAUAUCCGCUUUUGGAUUCAAGUUUCAUAACAGCUUCAAGCAGUUAUGCCAGUCAUGCAUAUAAUACAAGAACAGCACGUCUAUUUGAGACUGAAUGUUGGUGUGCCAAAACAAACAACGCUGGAGAAUGGCUGCAGUUUCAUUUUCCCUCGCGUUUCAUUUUUUGUGGAUUUGCUGCUACGUCAGCUUCUUUGGGUCAACAUGUUACAAAAUUUUCCAUGUACGUCGAUGGAACAUAUUACAGUGACUAUAGCAAAACGACUAAAGGGUAUCAAUACUUUCAUGUUGGGAUAAACGAUCGCACAGUACAAACCAUUAAGUUUGUUGUAAAGGAAUACUUCUGGACACCAUGCAUGGGUCUAGAAUUUUUCGGAUACAAGGAUUUUCGCAAGGAUCCUAUUGAUCUUGUGCUUGAUUAUCGAGAACUCCGUAAAAAAGUUUGGUGUCAUGCCAUUCAUCC